GGCAUUAAAUUAUUUCUCCUUAGUGACUGUAAAACUAAUUAUGUAUUGGACUUCGUAAUUUAUACUGGACAAAGAACAAACAUUAGUGGAAGUAACACAGCCAUUGGAAUCUCUGGAGAUUUUGUGAUGACGCUGCUUCAGCCAUAUCUUGGAAAGGGCUAUACACUAAUUACGGAUAAUUGAUACACGAGACCACGUUUGUAUACCUUAUUAUACGAAAACAAAACCAACGCAUUUGGAACCGUUCGUAAAAAUAGGAGAAAUAUGCCCCACAUGGAAGAAAAGUUGAAGAGUGGAGAAACGUGCUACCGAUCGACUGGCAUUUUAUUGGCAAUGAAAUGGCAUGAUAAAAAGGAGUAAAUUGGCAACAAAGACGAAGACUGUGUCUUCUUCCUAAGCUUUUGAUAAUCAGCAAGUAGAAAAAAUAUUCCAACAUGAACGACCUGGGUCAUACGCCGCUCACUAUACCAAAUUACUCGUAUGUCUUCGACUUCGAAAAGAACUUCGAUUUCUGGGGUACUCAAAUGUGGUUUAAGGACCAGUUUCCGAACUGUUUUUAUUACUGUGGUAUCUAUGUCACUCUAAUUUUUGCCGGGAAACAUUACAUGUCAAAUAGGCCAAAAUACGAAUUGAGAGGCAUGCUUAUUUUGUGGAGUGCACUGCUUGCAAUAUACUCCAUUUUUGGGUUUCUUAGAAGCAUGCCGGGUAUGUUUCAUGUAUUAAGGCAUCAUGGAUUUUACCACAGCAUCUGUAUACCUAGCCAUCUUACUCAAGAUCCAGUUUUCGGUUUUUGGUCAUGGACCUUUGCCCUAUCGAAGCUAGUAGAAUUUGGCGACACAGCCUUCAUUGUGUUACGAAAGCAACCAUUGAUCUUUCUACAUUGGUACCAUCACGUGACAGUCCUUCUCUAUACAUGGUUCUCUUAUGCAGAGGCCACAGGAAAUGGCAAGUGGUUUGGCUUGGUAAACUCUUUCGUUCAUGCCUGGAUGUACUCCUAUUAUGCUCUGAAAGCAAUGCGAUUCAAUAUACCAAAAUGGGUCGCUAUGUUUGUUACUACGCUACAGCUAUCACAAAUGGUUGUGGGUUGCAUUUUAACUGCGUCAGCUUACUACUAUGUACACAGUGCCCAAGUUGAAUGUCACGUUACGCCUUUGAACAUCAAACUUGCUAUGCUGAUGUACCUCAGCUAUUUCAUUUUAUUUGCCAGAUUCUUCCAGCAGGCUUAUUUAUCUAACAAACACAUAAACAAAAUUGGAAAGAAGGAUUAGCCCAAUAGAUCUGCAAGUUAUAACAAGCUGAAGUUUAUGUAGAGCAGGUGAAAAAUUUUUUAAAUCUUUUUUACGGAUGCUUUUCAGUGACAUGUCUUAAGAAAAACUUUAUCAAAAUCUCAUGUGAUGGAUAUGGACGUCAAGAAAUAAUUUGAUGAAUAUAGUUUUCUCUUUGUGAAGGCAAAGUUGUAAAAAUUGAUUGUGAAAGAAUGAAAAUGGAGAAAUAUAAUUAAAGUAAAUCUCGCACACUAAA